AUGACUUCCAGAAGGCCAAUGACACGCUCUUUUUCUGGCAAUGGGAGGACAAGCAGCUUCAGUGAAGAGGAGGGCAGCUCUUCCAAUGGCCGCAAUACUUACCUUUCGAAUGUUAGGCCUGAAAACAGGUAUUCUCACUACAGGCCAACGAGGAGCACAUUGUGCAGCGUCAUGGCUCAGCUCACUGAGGACAUACAGCCGUCCUUUGAGACCACCUUGAAAUCAAAGGCAGUCUCAGAAAACUGUAACGUGAAGUUCACCUGUGUGGUGUCAGGUUACCCAGCUCCAGAACUGAAAUGGUAUAAAGAUGAUAUGGAAAUGGAUCGGUACUGUGGACUUCCAAAAUAUGAAAUUGGCCGGAAUGGAAAAACCCACACCCUCCAUAUAUACAACUGUACAUUGGACGAUGCAGCCAUCUAUCAGGCCUCAGCUAGUAAUAGUAAAGGCAUUGUCUCCUGCUCGGGAGUUUUGGAGGUUGGCACUAUGAAUGAGUACAAGAUCCACCAGCGGUUUUUUGCCAAGCUGAAGCAGAAAGCAGAGAAGAAGAAGAAAGACUUGGAGGAGCAGACUAAGAAGCAAGAUAAAACAAACACUCAGAGAGAGAAACCACAGAAAACCCCAGAACGUCCUCCAAGGAAGCGGCCUAUUCUACCACCAAAGGAGAAGCCAGUGGUCAAGGAGCCCGAGGUUGGGGAACAAGUGGGAGCUGCUGCAGAACCUAAUGGAGUUAGCUCGGAAGUCAUGGAAACAGAAACUAUCUCAUCCACAAACAGCAGCCCGGAGAAGGAGGUACCUCCAUCUGGGGAAACCUUGGCUAAAAAGAAAAUAAAGAUCUCAAAUGGUGUAGAUGUUGGGGUCUCCAACAGCAGUAGCAGCAGCAGUAGCAGUGAAAACUGUUACGAUGGAGGAAUCAGUUUGGCACAGUUUCUUGCAGAGACUCUCCAGUCUCAGUCUGCUGAGGAGAAACAGAACUCAUCUCGAGUGGAGAAACCUAAAGAGAUGAAUGUACCUGUUGUAAAUGACAACCACAGUAAACAUGGCUCAGAGGUCAAACAUCACAGCAGGGCUCAUAAGGAUCACGACCACCAUAACAUCCAGGCUUCCAUCUCCUCUAUGCUCCACACAGUCAAAGACUUCUUCUUUGGUAAGAGUAAGAAGGGCUUUCAUGAUCACAUUGAGGACAGGGAGAGAGAGUUUGACCACUACUCAAUUCAGCCUCCUCAACCGGAAACGCCGCCGUCAUUUCGACUGCAACAGGAGUGUAAUCCAGAUGUGUACAAGCCUCUAACAGAGGAUGUUGUGCCUAUGGAAACAGAUAAACCAAAUGAGUCUUCAGGAAGUGUGUACAUGGAACAGCCGUCAGUGUCAUUGGAGACACAUGAACAUAAGCAUGAAGACAGUGUUCUACACACAGACCUGACACCAGCUGAUAAAUUGCCACCAAAGAGCACAGAAGAGUCCACAAGGCAGAGUGUCAAGGAGGUGGAGGAUGCUGCGGAGGCCAUGGAGGUGUCUGUGGGGACAGGGAGCAGCAGUCCAGGCGAAGAAAUACCAUUGUCCGGGCUUCAAGUUCUCACUGAGACGGAAGACAAAGAUUCUCAAGUAGUCUCAGUUAUCAGCAAGGUUCCUGUAAACCAGCAAGAGCCAGAUUGCCUGGUAGUUUCACCACGGCCUGAUCACCAGGCUGCAAGAGAUGCCUCCUCACCCAGGGAAGAUAUAUCUGUCUUACCACUGACCAAAACCCCUUCUGAAGAAGGAGAAGAGCAGCUGAGUAUUGAUAAGAUGGGCGAAGAAGCGAAACCUGAAAAAGCAGAGAGUAGAAAACAGAACCUUGAAGAAGUGUCAGACAAGAGUGUAAAAGAGAGCACUCCCUCUUUGCUAUUGGAAGCUCCACUACCAAAGGUCGGUGACAAUGUGGUGUCAAUCAAUAAAACAGCGGAAGACAACAUUGUUCCUGAAAAGAAAAAUAAGAUAAAACCUCUUAAAGAGGCCAAGAUAGAGAAUUCUGUGUCUGUUGAGGACCCCCAGAAAAACAGAUGCACUGUUGAGCGACUCAGCUGUAAACCCCCGGCACAUCCAUCACUGAGUCCAGCCAGUCUUCGCAAAUUCAUGCCCAAGGCUGCUCCAGACUCAGACAGUGAGGCUGUGACGGCUGUCCCUGUGAUCACUGUGGGUGAUCGUCAGAGUGACAAGGCAGAUGAAGAUCUCAGCGGAGGCUCAACACCAACAUCAUCCCUCUCCUGUGAAAGCAGUCCCCGGCUGAAACGCAGAGACAGCCUGUCGCUCAUACGCUCCGCCACACCUGAGGAGCUAGCCUCCGGAGCUCGCCGUAAAAUCUUCAUCCCAAAAGCUAAAGACGAUGGAGAGGGAGCAGUGUUUGGUGUGCUCGACACUCAAGGCAAGAAGGAGACUCCCUACAUGUCCCCCAGCCAGGCUCGCAGAGCAGCAUUACUACAAGCUUCCACGGGACAAAACACCCCACCAAUGGAGAGGCGUUCUCCACUACUGAGCCGCAGAAAGGCCACCUUGGAGGUGCCAAAAGUGGUGGAGGAGACUCCAAAAGACGAGCCAGUCACCAAGAAAGAGGAGAAACCAGCUGAAAAGAAGCUAGAUCCUUUGAAAGCUCCACAGGUCAUCCGUAAGAUCAGGGGAGAGCCGUUCCCAGAUGCCUCGGGACACCUGAAGCUGUGGUGCCAGUUCUUCAAUGUGCUCAGUGACUCCACCAUUAAAUGGUACAGAGACGAGGAGGAAAUACUAGAGGUGAAGAGAAGUGGAGGUGAUGAAAGCCAAGUGGCCUUGGCUAUUGUGCUGGCAUCCAGCCAAGACUGUGGGGUAUAUGGCUGUACGAUCAAGAAUGAAUACGGGAGCGAUACCACUGACUUCCUGCUCAGUGUAGACAUUCUGUCUGAGAUACUACUAAGAGAUGAUUUGGAAGUCGGAGAGGAGAUCGAGAUGACCCCAAUGCUGUUCAACAAAGGCCUGGCUGACUGUGGAAACUGGGGUGAAAAGUUCUUUGGCCGCAUCAUGACUGAGACAGUGAACAUCGGGGAGGGCUGCGCUCACAAAGCCAGCAAAGUGAAGGUUAUUUAUGGCUUGGAUCCUGUCUUUGAUUCUGGAAGCAACUGCAUCAUUAAAGUUCAAAACCCCAUCGCCUACGGGACCAAACAAGAGAGCAACCUUACAGAAAGGAAUCUAGAGAUUUCUAAGCAAGAAUGCAAAGUCCAAAACAUGAUUCGAGAAUACUGUAAAAUCUUUGCAGCUGAAGCAAGAGUUAUUGAGAACUUUGGCCAUUCUCUAGAAGUGAUUCCUCAGUAUCUGAUGUACCGGCCUGCAAACUCUGUGCCAUAUGCUACAGUGGAGGCUGAUCUCGCAGGUGUCUUCCUCAAGUAUUGUAUGAUGGAUCCUAAAGGCAGGCUGAUUACACGAACCACUUCUGAGGUGGAGCAGAAAUGUAGCACCUUCCAGCACUGGAUCCAUCAGUGGACACAUGGCAAUUUACUCGUCACCCGGCUAGAGGGUGUUGAAGCGAAGCUUACUAAUGUUAGAGCUGUGACCAAGUCAAAAGGAUACCAAGGAUUAACUGAGUAUGGCUCUCCUGAAGUAUUCGAACAGUUCCUGACACAGCAUCAGUGCAACUACUACUGUGGACUUCUUGGCCUGCGCCCCCUGAAGUCUAUGGAUAGUCUGCUGCAGCCUACCAAGAUAAAGGGCUCCAGGAGCCCCCUUCUCAACCGCAAGUUGGGCUCUAACAGCCCACAGCUGCAGCGGAAAGGACAGAGCCCUCAAUUGUCUAGAAAGGCAAAUUCUAGCCCAAGGGUGACAAGAAAAGUUCAGGAGCCAGAGAACAAUAAAUCAGACACCAAACCCAAGUCUGCAGAAACUGUCAAUGCUCUUGAAAUGCCGUAGGAAGAAGGCCUUCCUGUUUUAGUGCUUUUAAUGGUUAAUUAUUACCUGUUUCUUUCCAGUUACCAAAGCCAGCAAGGACAUGAGGAAUAAGAGUAAUGAGAAAAAGACUAGUUUUUUGACCUGACUUGUCAAAAAAAAAAAAAAUACUGUGAAUUUCUCAGUCGCCAUCACACCUAUCCUACAUCCAUUUCCCGGCUAGUCAGUUAACUUCUUAAUAUAGUUAACUAGGUUUAUGGUGUGUUUAUGUUUGGAGUUGGCUCAAGGUUUUUGACCUUAUACAGCAAAUUCAGUGUUUUUUACUGUUAGAGAAUGAAAAACAACACUGGGCCACAUUAGAGUUGACACUAUUAACUUCACCUCAGAGUCUUACCAGCUCUAUGAAUGGAUGUCAACAUUUUAAGGACUGUUGAGUAUGAAAUGCGACCACAGCCACAGAGGUGAUUGAGGUAAUGUAUCCUUAUUAAACACACAUGUUCAUCUAUGAUGUACAGUAUGUGUGUAGGGUAUAAGUUUAUUUUGGAGAUGUUAUUUGUGGUUAACAUUAGAAAUGCAUAUGCAACAUUACUUUACACAGCAAAGUCGAGCUGAUGCUGUGGAAUGACAGCACCAAGAUGUUUGUGUGCACUUUGUUUUUGGCAUUACUUUUUAGUAGUUAUUGAGUACUUGUAUCUUUUUAUUAUAGAGGUCGUCUGUGUCUUUAAUCGGUCCUCUGUCAGUAUUUCAGAAAAUAUGCCGGCGAAUGCCUCUGUCAAAGCUGUAGGCAAUAAGGGUCUUACCAUUGAACUCUUAACUAUGGCAUGCUUAUGCUCAUUGACAUGCGAACACAUGAGCCAGCACAGAGGGCUGCUGAAUGAGGUCCAUACAGUUAUUUGGACCUGUACUAUGGACUGUGGGAUAAAAGCACACUGAACAAAAUAAACAAAAGAGCAGAGGACUUAGGACUUUUAGAUGCCUAUUGAUCACUUAGUAAGGCUCCCUGUGUGAAAUCUGUGAAGUUUUACAACAACUGAAAAUCACCUUUUGCUGAACAAUACAGCUGUAAGUUUUUGGUCAACAGAAACCAGACCACAAACACUUUCAUGGACUUUGGGAUUAGAAUAAGAAUAAAAACUAUUCAGUUAUCAUGUGGGUUUCCACAGGUAUUCAUGGUUCAGUUCCAACAGAAACCAGUUCCCUUUUACAAAAAGAGACAUCACCUCUUCCCUUUGACAAGAAAUCUUCAGGAAUUUCUACAUAAGUGAAAGUCCUCAAAGAAGUCCGAAUAGCCACUGUUAAACUGCUGCUGUUACUUAAUUGCAUGAAGCCUUAUUAAUGAAAGAAAACAUAAUUUCUAGGAGAAAUAUUUGAAAUGGAGUUGAAAUAUUUGAAAAAGCAAAAUAAGUGUGGUGUCAUGCAAACAAAGUGUUGCAUAGUGUUUAUGUGUACAUAAAGUCAAAGGACUAAAUAUCUGAACUAGUGUGAAGAAAAAUAGUAAAUGUGUGAAGGAGCGUGUGAAUGAGUGAGUGAAUGAAUAAAUGUGUGUUUACAAUGAAUGCUGUCUUUGGUAUGUUACACCAUGUCAGCUCAAGUUUUUUUUUAAAUAAAUGUUUAAAACAUUUGUGUCCAAGCAUGA